AUGUGAUCUCCUGGAUACAACCACACACACCAGCACCAGGCACUGCUGCUCAGCUGAGCAAAAUGUCUUUCUCUUAGGAGUGGUGCUCAUCACAGCAUUCGAAUCCUUGACGAUGUUGCCAUGCUUCCCUUUCUGCCUUCUGCCUUUUGCUGUCCUUGCCUGCCUGCUUUUCUUACCUGGGGGUGAUUUUUGCCCUGCUGUCUGUAGCUGUAUGGACUAUCACACCAUAGAUUGCCGGGAUCAAGGACUCCCAAGUGUUCCUAAUCCAUUUCCAUUGGAUGUACGGAAACUUCUUAUAGCUGAUAACAACAUCCAGGCAAUACCACCUGAUUUCUUUAUAUUUUAUGGAGAUCUAGUCUAUUUGGACUUCAGGAAUAACUCCCUUACCUCUUUAGAAGAGGGCACUUUCAGCAGUUCUACCAAACUGGUGUAUUUAGACUUAAGCUACAAUAAUUUAACACAGCUUGAUGCUGGGACGUUCAGAUCAGCAGAAAAACUGAUCAAACUGAGCCUUGGAAACAAUAACCUGGUGGAUGUGGACGAGGCUGCUUUUGAGAACCUGGAACAGCUCCAAGUGUUAGAACUGAAUGACAAUAACUUACAAAGCCUCAACGUGGCAGCCCUGGAAGCUCUUCCCUCCCUGCGGGCGAUACGCUUAGAGGGCAACCCCUGGGUCUGUGACUGUGACUUUGCCAAUCUUUUCAGCUGGAUACAGGACAAUGCAUCUAAGCUCCAGAAAGGUCUCCAUGAAAUCCAGUGUUCCCUGCCUGUAGAAAAUAGAAGAAUCUUUCUGAAUGAAUUAUCUGAGGUCAGCUUUAGUGAAUGCAAAUUUAGUUUGUCACUGACGGACCUUUUUAUCAUCAUCUUCUCUGGAGUUGCAGUCUCCAUUGCUGCUAUUCUGUCAAGCUUCUUCCUAGCAACUCUUGUGCACUGCUUCCAAAGAUGUGCUCCCAGUAAAGAUGACGAUGAUGAUGAAGACGACAGUGAGGACUGAACUUAGUCCCUGUGCUUCAGUUUCCUUGCUUUAUAAGUUACUAGAUCAUCAGCCAAAGUCUAGAAAGAAAUCGAGUAGAGUAAAAGUUUUAAAAAAUGAAUUAAAUGAAAUCACAAUGUGUAAGGAUCCAUUUUAAUCUCAUGAUGGUCACAUGUAGGGCUUGCAGUUUACAUCUGAGGCUGUUAGCUUUGCUUACAUAUGUAACCUGAUGCAAUGAGACCAGGUUAAUUUCUCUGAUCAUUAAACACUAAAUUGAAAUUUGAAGAUUGGAGGAAAAAGGGGGAAAAGCAAAAAAGAAGUUAGAGUGUUUUAAAAGACUAACUCACAAAUUGGCUUUCGGAUGAAAUGCAGAUUCCUGUAAAGGCUUAAUGGCUUGUUCUAAAUGCACUUCAAAAAGGACUGGAUUGGAGACAUUUCUGCUGGAAAAUACUCUAUUUAACAUGGUGUCCUUCCUAGAUCUAAGUAGUAAGAGAUUCAAUUAAUCUCACACAACUUUCUAAGUAACAAAAUACCAUUUAAAUUAUUCCUAGACCUGUAGAAAGCAUUAUAGGAAGGUUGGCAUUUUCUCUCUACCAAUGUUCUCUAUAAACAUUCAUCCUCCACUUAAUGACAGCAGUUGCAGGCAUCAUUCAGCCAAAAAAGUUUUUUUUUUUUUCUAAAAGCAAAUAUGCUUCUAGAUCUGAGUCAUCCCUGCUGCAGUUGCCUGGCACCUUUUUGGUCAUGGCACAAAUCCUAAAUAUAACAUUUUUUUGCAUUUUUAGAUGCAAUGAAGUAAAGGAUUUCCCUUCCCUGUAAUGCUAGGCACAAGUAACUGUUGCAGUAUCCAGUCCAUGUAGUUAUUUUAAAACACUAAGGGCUAUAUUCUGCUCCUGAUUAUACCAGAGUAACACAACUGAAAUUAAUACCACGAUCCAAACUGGCAACUGUAUAAACAAGAGUGGAAUCUGGCCCAAGAUAUUUCUGACUGUACUAUAGAUUUGUCAAAACUUGAGCUCUUCGAUAUAACAGUAGAUAUUUUUGUUAAAAUUAAAGACAUUUAUUACAAGAGAUUUUUUGAAUAGUGCUGGACAGCUUUUUAGGAUAAGUAUAUUUUUAAAAUAUUUGUAAUGGAAAUAUUUUUUUAAAGCUCUGUAUUUAAAGUAUUAUCUAGAGUAGCUGUGAGGGCUUAAAGUAAGGGAUAACAUAGUGAUAAACCAUCUGACUGUAUGCUAUUAUAAAAGAAUUAGAGCUGAUAAAAAGCAGCAUCAAUUUAACUACUGUAAAUGCUAUAAUUUCUUUAAAAAUACUCUGGUUAAAAUAUUGCCUUGCUCAGUUAAUAGGAAUGGUCUUUUAUGGACAGUUAGUUGCAAAUCUUUGUGUCUGUUGUGCUAAUUGUUCAGGCAGACAGGAGUGAGGCAUGGGGUGUGUGUUAUGGGGUAAUAUGGACCAGUAGACAGGGUACAAGAUCAGGGCUCAGCACUCCUGGGUGUUGUCCCCAUCUAACAGCGGUCAGCUGGAAGACCUUCAGGAAAUCAUUACCUGUCUGUGCCUCAGUUUCACUCCAUAUAAGAUGAAGACCAUGAUAACUUUAUCUCUUUCAAGUGCUCUGAGAUAUGUAAGGGGGGACACUAUCCUGGGGUUCUGUAUGGUGACCACAGUGUUAGGCUGAAGCAGAUGUCAUGCAGUGGGUCUAAUCUGAUCUGAUGUCAGUAUGAAUUCACUGACAUCAGUGGAGUUAUUCCAUUGACUAGCAGAGUUUGCAGUAGUUUCUACCAUGGUGAGGUCAAAACCAGGACAAGAGUGUUUAUUUCUGUUAGCUCUACAGCUUAUUCAAUGCGACGUAAGGCUCCCAUUGUUAAGAUUCUGAUUUUUGGAAACACACUGAAACAGCAUUAAGUAGGACAGUGGGAGGAUAUUCUGUAUCAAUACUGUCUUAUUCUAUUCUGGUGGCUUCAAGAAAAAUGAAAUGACAUGAUUUUCACUGUGUAGUGCCAUGAUUAUAAAUAACACAAAUAUAUUUAUUAUUUCA